UCAAAAGAGUUUCUCCCAAAUUUGUUCCUCCUCUCUCACUCUCCCUUGUCCAGAAACUGAACCUGUUCACACCUCAACUUUUCUAUUCACCCCUUUCUCUCUAUAAACCCUAGAAUUUUUACUGCGCCCAUUAACUUAGCAGCCCCAAAUCAUGGCUCUGGUCUUGCAUGCGGGGAACACAAAUAAAAAUGCCUACAAGGCUCUCAUCGCUGCAGAAUACAGUGGCGUGAAAAUUGAGUUGGUCAAAGAUUUUGAGAUGGGUGUUUCCAACAAAACACCCGAGUUUCUUCAAAUGAACCCCAUUGGGAAGGUUCCAGUCUUGGAAACUCCUGAUGGCCCUAUUUUUGAAAGCAAUGCCAUUGCAAGAUAUGUUGCACGGUUGAAGGCUGAUAGUCCACUCUAUGGCUCCUCACUGAUUGAUUAUGGCCACAUUGAGCAGUGGAUUGAUUUUGCAUCUCUAGAGAUUGAUGCUAAUAUCUUGCGCUGGUUUGUUCCAAGGAUUGGUUUUUCUUUAUAUCUUCCUCCGGCUGAGGAAGCUGCCAUUUCUGCAGUCAAGAGGGGCUUGGAAGCUUUGAACACACAUCUUGCUUCUAAUACCUACCUGGUUGGACACAGUGUGACAUUGGCUGAUAUAGUCAUGACAUGCAACUUGGUUCUUGGUUUUAGUCGGAUUUUGACUAAGAAAUUUACCUCUGAAUUUCCUCACGUUGAAAGAUAUUUUUGGAGUAUGGUUAAUCAACCAAAUUUCAAGAAGGUUCUUGGUGAAAUUAAACAAACAGAAUCUGUUCCACCAGUUGCAAAGAAACCUUCUCAGCCUGUCAAGCCCAAGGACGAACCAAAGAAAGAGGUCAAGAAAGAACCGACCAAGCCCAAAGAAGCACAUACACCUGUAGAGGAGGAAGAGGCACCCAAACCAAAACCAAAGAAUCCUCUUGAUCUUCUGCCUCCUAGUAAGAUGAUACUGGAUGAGUGGAAAAGGCUCUACUCUAACACCAAAACCAAUUUCCGUGAAGUUGCAAUUAAAGGAUUUUGGGAUAUGUAUGAUCCUGAGGGAUACUCUCUAUGGUUUUGUGACUACAAGUACAAUGAGGAAAAUACUGUCUCAUUUGUGACCAUGAACAAGGUUGGUGGAUUCUUGCAAAGAAUGGAUCUUGCUAGGAAAUAUGCAUUUGGCAAGAUGUUGGUGAUCGGAUCGGAACCCCCAUUCAAGGUCAAGGGUUUGUGGCUCUUCCGUGGACAAGAAAUCCCUCAAUUUGUGGUUGAUGAAUGUUAUGACAUGGAACUUUAUGAGUGGAAAAAGGUGGACAUCAACGAUGAGGCUCAAAAGGAGCGUGUCAGUCAAAUGAUCGAAGAUUAUGAGCCUUUUGAGGGAGAAGCUUUACUAGAUGCCAAAUGCUUCAAGUGAUUGGUGUUUUCUGGCUAGUGAUGUUAUGUAGUUUGGUGGUUUGGUGAUGCAUACACAUAUAUCUGCUGCCUUGCCAUUCAACUUUAGAAUUUGGAGGAAUUAAUGAUUUUUGUGAGUAUUGUCCAAAUUUACCUGGAGUUGUGUUUUUAGACGUUUUCGCAUGGUUGACAAUACUGGCUUUUAGACGGUUUCGCAGGAUCAGGAUCUUAGUCACCAGGUUGACAAUAUUCUUCUUUACUGCUUGCAUUACUAGGUAACCCCAAGGAAAAUUUGAUAUGAUAAACAUAAUAGUGUGUAACUUGCAGUAUAACAUGUUAUGCUUAUUAUUUUAGCUGAGAAUGGUGGCAAAUUGGGCAUUUGAGAUGCCAUAUUCCAA